AUUUUAUUGCUCCCCCCCACGUGAAUGAGUCUUGCUUUGCGAUUUUAAAACCUCUUCUCACAAUACUUGUCGGAUAUCGUCGCUGAAAUCCAGCAUUCCUACUACCAACGUCGUCGGUUCUCGUUUUGGUAGAAUGAAACUUUUGCUGAAUGUUGAACCCCAGAAAACGACAUUUGGUUGUCCAGAAAUCACCCUAUGUCGGUUCCUCAGUUGACUCGCGACCUCGAAGCUCCUCUGCAAGGCCCGGACGAUGCUGACCGGCUUGCAGAGUGGCCUGAGCUGGUCGGGUUAGAGGAUCUAUUGCUUGACAAUGGCCAGCUACCAUCCCACCGUGCAGAUCGGCCAUGUCCGCAGGAACUCCAUGUGUUCCCCGAUGACGUCUCUCCGGAGCUUCUUCAAAUAAUCAGUCAGCCGUUGGACACAGAACGGCCUCCCAAAUCUGCAGGCCAACACGGUGAGAAUGGAGGUGGACGGUCACCGCCGCCGCCAUCAUCAACAUACAGUCAUGGUACAUCCAUGGGGGAUGACCGGUCCUCACUGCCGGUACGGACCCAGGCACCCGCUGUAAAGGAUCACACUGGAGACAACCAUCUAGAUCGAUGCUUUUCACCUGAGUCCACUGCAACGGGAGCGACGUUUAGCCGUAUGGGGGUCAAAGCAACGGGGGGUACGAAGAACCUCAAACUUCGGCUCUUGGAGCGCAACAGUUUUCGAGAAUGUGCAAGCUGUUUUGUGGAGUUACUCGACAAGAACUUAGUCCCUUUGGGGUGCGCGCACAAAUACUGCUUAUCGUGUUUCUCUGGCAUGAUAGAGACGGCUAUGAAUAACGAGAUCAAGUUCCCUCCAAAAUGUUGCCUGGAAGAUAUACCGACAAAAUUGAUCCUACACAAUGUGGACUCCAUACUCCGGGAGGAAUACAAAUUAAAGGUACAAGAAUACGCUAUACCCCGAACUAGCAGAUGGUAUUGUCCCUCACCAAGCUGUGGAAAAUGGAUUCCUCCAAAAAAGAUCAAGCUGGGCGCUCCGACACAAAAAUGCCCGGUAUGCAAAUGGUCGAUAUGUACUGCCUGUCAAAGGACGGCCCAUCAGAGCAACGAACAUUGCCCUCAAGCCCCUUAUCCGGAAAGAGUAGACAGUAUUGCCUCGAACGGCUGGAGACGCUGUUACAAAUGCCAGGCAAUGGUAGAUCUAACCGCUGACUCCGGAUUCGUGGUUUGUCACUGCGGUGCUGAAUUUUGCUGUUUCUGCGGCGCCAGGGGUGGGACCUGCGGCUGCAUUCAACCUAAUCAACAUGGGACAAAACCUAAAGUGGAGCCUGACACAAUAACGCAGCCAGCCUCCGUAAAUGCAGAAAACGAGCGCAGCGAGCGACGAGAAGUCGAGGAGCGAUUGCGGAAAGAAACUACCAAAACUCACCCAGAAGGCGAUGGACAAAGAAGGCAAGAUGACGGACGACGCCGAGUUCAACACGACAAAGAAAUGAAACGCCUAAUAUCGAUAGCCAACCAAAUCCAGAGGCUCCAGGCGGAGCUAGCUAAGAUUAACAAGAUUCAACAGUCUAUGAUCAUUAAUAGACAUCAAGAUAGCGCGCAGCAGAUCCAGGUCGCAGCGGUCUCAAAACAGGUAGAAUUCGACCAGACGCGGGUGAAGCUAGAAAAAGCCUAUGAAUCGAAUUUUAAGCUUCGUAAAGGCGCCUUGGAGGCUCAGCAAAGCGCCACAAAGCUUGAACUCCGUACUCGCCAGGAGGAGGAUGAAGAUGAUAAUUUUGUUCAGAUGCAACGCCAUUUGAAGGGCAAGCCGAAUAGAGAGGAAAGAGAAAAGGUAAUACUCGACAAACUUAAUGCAUCGCAUAGGAGAGAACAAGAUGCACUGGAAAAAACUCAUAAGGAGGAGUUGAGUGAACUGGAAUACCACGGCAGUUUGGAAUCCUCGGCGCUUCAGAGUGGCAUCAUGAAGAAGCUGGGGGAUUUACAACGCGAGACAAACUAUACUCUUUACGAGCUGAGUUCCACAGUAAUCUCGGACCGUCGGUGGUUCAAGAUUGCCGUUGAAAAACGUUAUGGUCUCCUUGAAGAGCAUAGGAUGUUUUUGAUCAAUGGCCCCGACGCCAUCAAGGACACUGUAACCUCUAGCAGCAGAUAUUCAUCUGCAAACAACUCUAGCCACUCAGGCACAACACAUUCAAUUACAAGUGGCAGAGAAACACCCCAAUCGCCUCUAUCGCCGCCCCCUGUGUUUACCGAAUUUGGGUAUAGACGUCGCGGCUCUGAUGCUCGCAAGGGCGGAGGUACUAUGGCUACGGGAAGCCGAGCGCGGGGCAGGUCAAGAAAUGGGCUGGGGCGUGCUCCUAACCAGUCGCAGUUUGUGUAUCGAUAA